UUUUAGAGUACCCCUGUAACCUUCUGUUUGAACUAAGUGAUUUGAAUGCUGGGAGUUAAGAAGUGUCCUGAGUAGUUGUGCUGAUGGGCGGUAUCCAGCAGCGCUUGUCGGCAGUUCAGAGUACAAGGGAUCUACCGAGUACUGGAGCUCUACAGAAGAAUGUGGCUUGAUACCAGAACCAUAUCUAACAAUCCAUUGAACUUCUCAUGAUAAGUAUACCUGAUCGAUCAGACACGGAAGUGCUGUGCCCAAGUACAAGCAUGUACUUAUGCUGAAUGCAGCUUAUGAGUUCAACAUGACAUCACAAGCUAUACACAUGACUCUCAGCAGCGAUGGAGAGCAACAGGGAGAUUUCUGAUUCUGAAUAGGUCCAAAUACCAAAUUAACUCUUACCACAUUACAAGCCAUGCUCUCACGAUCCUUGAAGCUCAGCAGAUCGCUGCCCCUGGCGCGCCCAGUGUUUCCAUGCACUGGCCGUCGCUUUUUUGCUCAGGUCUCCGACGUGAGAAUUCCCACUGAAGAUGACAAGCCCUUCGAAGUCCCAUUAUCAGAAGACAGCUUCGAAACAUAUCACCUCGACCCACCGCCGUACACUAUCGAAACGACGAAAAACCAACUUAAAAAGCUAUACUACGACAUGACAGUGAUAAGACGAAUGGAAAUAUCUGCCGACAGUUUAUACAAAGACAGGAAGAUCAGAGGAUUCUGCCACUUAUCAACAGGACAGGAAGGAGUGGCAGUCGGAAUCGAGCAUGGGAUUACCAGGGACGAUAAAUUGAUCACGGCGUAUCGGUCUCACGGCUUCACGUUGAUGCGCGGUGGCACCAUCAAGUCUAUUAUCGGUGAGCUUCUUGGGCGACAAGGUGGCAUAUCUUAUGGAAAAGGAGGCUCGAUGCAUAUGUUCUGCAAGAACUUCUUUGGAGGAAAUGGAAUUGUCGGAGCCAGUGUGCCUGUCGGUACUGGUAUUGCUUUUGCGCAGCAGUAUGAUGAAAAUCCGACUAUUACCUUCAAUCUUUUUGGAGAUGGGGCGGCAAACCAGGGCCAGGUGCACGAAUCAUAUAACAUGGCCAAGCUUUGGGAACUGCCCGUGAUUUUUGGAUGCGAGAACAACAAGUACGGCAUGGGAACGUCGGUUGAAAGAGCAUCAGCAAUGACCGAAUACUACAAGCGCGGACAAUACAUCCCCGGUCUCCGGAUCAACGCGAUGGAUGUACUAGCCGUCCUGGCAUCCACAAGAUUUGCCAAAGACUAUGUGCAAUCUGGCAAGGGACCGCUGGUAUACGAGUACCUCACUUACCGGUACGCGGGACAUUCAAUGUCCGAUCCAGGAAUCGCAUACAGAACCCGAGAGGAGCUGCAAGCGCAUCGAGCGAACGACCCAAUCAUCAACUUCCGAGAAAAACUGGUUGAGUGGGGUGUUCUUACCGAAGACGAAGCGAAGGCUGUUGACAAGGACGUCCGUGGAAUGAUUAACCAAGAGGUACAAGACGCUCUUAACAUGCCUGAUCCCCCGAACACCUUUGAUACGCUGUAUCAGGACAUCUAUGUCCGUGGUAGUGAGCCUCAACAGAGGCGCGGAAGAACCGUGGAUGAGACAUACUACCAGGGAUAGAACGAACCCUACGCCUCCCACGUAAUAUUGUGAACAAUUCAACGUCAUGAUGGCCAAAACCAUAACAAAGUAUUUCAGAGUAAAAUAAAACUAAAUCCGUAGUAUAAAUCAUCAAUAAACACGAUUUGGC